AUGUCUGACUUCGAUUAUCAAUCGUAUUCUGAUCUUGAAUCAGAUGAAAGUUCACUCAAGGGUAUCAAUCGAUACAAAAAAAAUACUAGAUAUGGUAGACGUCGUUCGAGAAGAUUGUUUUUAAGACGAUCACGAACAUUAUCUGUUUCUGAAUCAAAUACAUCUGCGCAAGGUUCACAAUCACGUUCUACAUCUCGUUCUCGUUCUCGAACGAGAUCGGAAGGAGCAGUGGAAAGUCGUACAUCAAUGAAAAUAGCAGAAUCAUUGAAGAGAGCUUCUGUAUAUGUUUCGUCUCCAAAAAGUGCUCAAAUAUUUGAAAUAAAUCGUCUGCAAGAACAGCUUGCUGCCGCUCAUUUGUGUUCGGAAGCUCAUUUUAUAUUUAUUGUUGAUAUAAAUACGCCACAAGGGCUUUACCAUGAAAACGGACUGAAGUGUUCAGUUUGCGAAAAGGUGUCAAUAUUCACAAACUUCGAGCCGAUGCCGCUACAUAAAAUUCAGGAACCAAAUCAACGUUUAUAUGUAGCAAAUGCUCUAACAGGUAUAGGGUAUGACAAUCUUAGUUUAGUUAUGGCUACAUUAUGUUUGAAAAUACCAAAUAAAACUAAUUUUGUGCCGCAGGUGCUUCAAACAUACGAUAACUUGAAUAUAUUCAUUCAUAAACACUUUAUUUCAGUCAUCGGAAAAAUUCGGUCUCUUCAUAAUGUUGAAACUAAUGAUUCAGAUAGUAUUGUGAAUAUUGCUAUCUCAGUUGAUGGGACGUGGAAGAAAAGAGGCCACGUCUCUCAAUAUGGCAUUGUAUUCAUCAUUGAAAUGGAUACUGGAUUAGCAAUCGAUUUUGAAGUAUUGAGCACUCGUUUCGAAAAAUGUGAAAAAAAUCAACGAGAACGAUCAGCUCAUGAAUUUCGUGCAUGGUUGACAAAGCAUAAAGGUUCGUGCGAAUGUAAUUGGGACGGAACAGCAAAAGGUAUGGAAAAAGAAGGAACAAAACGAUUGUUCGAACGAUCAAUUAAAAAAGGAUUACGAUAUAAAUGGAUGGUAUGUGACGGUGGUUCAAGUGCAUAUGAAGCCGUAAAACAUAUAUAUAUAUGA